AUGGGCAAUUUUUCGGUGAAAAUGGGUCCAGGCCUUGUUUCGGCGAUUAUGCCCAUUUCCUAUGUGGUUCUGGUGAAUUGCUUCGAUUACGGUGGAAAUGAUCGAAACGACCCGAAAUCGAUCAGAAAAAGAUGGAAAGGCGCGCUGGUCAGCAACAUCAUCUCCAUCGUCGCCACCGCCUACUUCCUUCAAGAUUACACCCCAUCGCCAUUUCGGGAAAUGGGAUUUCGUUGGGAUGAGAUGGCAAAAGCGAUCAGUUUUCCGUUUAUUCUCAUGAAUGGAUUCUAUUUAGGACAAUUCAAGAAGCUGAACGUGAAUACAUUUGCUCAUCGGGAAACCAAGAGAUUGCUGACAACUACUUUUGAUGUUCGUUUCAAAACCAAACAUUCGACUGCUACUGUUCAAUUGUGUAGUGUGGACAACAUUGCAUGCAACAUUUUAACUGCGGAUGUGGAAAGUGAUGUGUUGAAACGACUGCUGCAAGACCAGGAUCAAUAUCUUCAGGUGGAACGGACAAGAAAGAAAGUUGAUAUUCUCAUUGGAUUGGAUUCGUAUUUGGAAAUUUUGGGACAAGUGAACACUCUUCGAUUGGCAAACGGGUUACAAUUGCAUAUCAGACCAAUUGUUGCUGGAAAAGAGAAUGUGGUGGAUUUUGCUCUUACAUUUUCUACACUAUAA